AUGGACGGUCUUUCAGGUGGAAUUAGACGCCUCGCGUUCCAAAAGCUUGCUGCGUUGGCAGUCGAGGCGCCUCGCGAUGGAGCGGAGCUCACUCGUCUUACAGAACAGUCUCAACCGACUCGACAGCCCAAUGGAGGCCUGAAUGGAAUUUUGAGAGAACAAGCCCCGACCUCUCAGGUCCCAAUGGGCAUUCGCGAGCUAGAUGUUCUUUUAGCCCUAAGCCAGGCGGCUUCCUCGGUGAACGACCCAGACAAUGCUGCACGAUUGGCGUCACAACUCUCGCAAUACCUGCCAGAAUCCCACAGCCAGCUAUUUCGGUCCUCCCCCUUUCUCCGAAGUGUUAAGCCCUCGCCUUGGGAGACUCUCACGUACAAUCUGGUUCUCGCACUACUGUCAUUAGGAACCAAAUAUCCAGAGCUCAGAAAGACAGCCCUAGAGGCUGUGCAUAGCUAUUUGAACAACUGCACCGAGGCUAUAAAUGCGGUCACGCCUUUUCAAUAUUCAAAAUCCGAGACGGGGCGACAAGGCGUUAUACAUGAAUCUGUCGCCGUUCUGUCAAUUGCCGUUUCCCUUGUUGGGUUCAUGGACGCCUCAGCCGAACACGCUUCCAUCUGGGAUGCGAGCGAGAAGUUACAAAUAGUCGAUCAUUUGCGUGCAAUGUUGUCUGAGCCUUUCAUCAUGGCAGUUGAGACGGCUUCUUCCACUCUGCGCAAUGCCAACGUCGCGGAACAUGCUCUCAAGGAUUGGAGAAAAUACACUCAUCGAUACGCUGCUCACGGUCGCCCGUUGGGUGCCAUGCUCGUACAGGAAGGCUUUAUGCGCCUUGUAAAGUCAUGUGCGGCCUCUCUGAUCGGGUUCCAGCACCUGACCGAUGACCAACUCUUGGAUGACUACAUGACUGGUGUCGGUAUUGCCAAAAGCUAUGAUGAGGCUGACGUCUCUCUGGUUGAGCGCAUUACUGACAUCAUCAGUGAAGAAAUUCACUUGCUCGAGGAUGGCUCCGAUUAUCUGCAAGUCGGCUCACCAUGGCAGCAGCGCCUUGCCUUCUCUGUUAAAGGACAUGCCUUGGUUGGCUUCCUUAAUUGUGUCAUUCUUGGCGAAGAUGCAGCCAACAACGAUGUACUGCUAUCCUGGCUCGAGGACACUUUGCUUGACUCCCAGCAAAUGUCGAAUGUAGAAUUGUCAGUGAUAGUUUUGAAGUGUACCGCCAUCCUUGCAAGGAUGUCACCGAACGGUGCAUCUAUUGGAAGGCGCUGUCUACUGAGAUUCCUGGCCCAGGGAGGUGUGUCGACUCGUUCCACCGUUGCAGUCGCUUCUCGGUGCCUUGCCCAGAUCUUGACUAUCCUUUCCGAGGAUGCUGUGAUCACUACCCUCUAUUCACUUGGCAAUGCAUUGAGCCCGAGCACGAACGUUGAUCAAGCCAGCCAGGAUCAACUCAUCGGGGACCAUGCUGGGCCCGGGAUGAAUCUUGAGGCAUAUUCCAAAAACGCAAGCCAGACUUCGCUUUCAGCGAACCACCAAGAGGACAAUGUAGCCCACCGAAAUGUUAUUCAUGCCAUUGUGACCGUCGCGACUAAUUGCAACGACGGCAAGAUCAGUGCAUUGGCCCAGUCUAUGCUUCUCCAGAAGAUUGGUAAAAUCAAUGUCACGGUGGAUGCCUUCAUUAUCCAGGAAACUGCCGUGCUUGCUUUAAGCGGCGGACAAGCUGAAUUCCAGCUUCUGUUGAAAUUCUACGCACGCAUCUAUCUUGAUGGUAUCAACAAAGGGCUAGACACCAUCUCGGAUGCUGUACAAUGCGCUAUGACUUACCUCUCGAUCAAUCUGGAUCAGAAUCCGCCACUUUACCGACUUUACUUGGUGCAUCUUUUGGAAAACAUCAUAAACAAGGGCGAUGUACCAGAUCUUGAGAAUGAACGUCACAAGGAAAUCGUUUUUGCUGCAGAUGAUAUCACCCCGCUCUUGAAACCGCUGGCUCUCCUCGUGUCUUCCAAAGGUGGCACUAAUGGUGCUUCCUGGUCAGCCUUGGAGUCGGACGAGACCAUUCUAACCCUGUUCCGUGAUGCGUGGUUCAAUAUCGCCAUCCACGGAAUUUCGCUAAGCUCCAGUGCUGCCCAACUGUAUCACAAGGAACUACGCCUUCUUGCACAUCAUUCUCCUCCCUUGGUAGCCGAGAAUCACAUGGAAUCUUUGGAGAGCGACGUGGAGUUGAACACAGUGCUCAGACGUGGGAUGGGACCGCAGCGAUUCACGGAACAAAAGAGAGCCCUGAUUUCAGAGCUCCCUGGCCGAGAAUCUGAUGUCAAGAAACUGGACUAUUCACGAGCCGUGUUUCUGAAUGCUGUCGUCCUGGUCGAGAGCUUGCGUGCUUCUUCGGGGGAUUCCACCAAGAUUCUCAGCUAUUUCCUUGACCCGGCCCUGGCCACCGCAGAAAUGGUCGGAUGCAUGAAUGCUGUUGCGGACAAGGCCGUUACAUGUUAUUUGACUCUGACUCUUUCUGGGGAACAUGAUGACUUCUCGGCUCCCUAUCUAUCAAAGCAGCUUGCUGGAUUUUUGGUAGCGUGCUGUCAUCGCAUUGAAAGAGUUCAAAGCAUUGCGAUGCAGUGUGCGGACAAAAUCAUUCGCGAAUGCCCUUCGGCCUUAUGCGAAAAGCAUUCCCUUUUUGCUUUGCUUGAAAUCUUGACCGUCAUGUGGUCUUCCUGUCUUCAAGGAGAACUGGACGAGUUUGAGUGGAAAUCGUCUUUGGUUUCUCCCAUGGGCAUUGUCAAGGUUGAGCUAUCCGAUAACUAUGCGCUGAGGAGGGCGACUCUGAAUAGGUUCCAUGAACGAGCCAGGGAUUGGGUGACAUCCGUACUGAAUAUUGCCCCAUUGGAUGUCAAAGGGUUGCUCCAGACAUAUCUUUCCGAAUACGACGAUGACGGUGGCUAUGGCCACAUCUCGUUAGGGCGUUCAUUCGCUCUUGAAAUGGGCUCCCUUAUUCCACAAAGUGACCCACGGCUUGGGUCGAUCGAUGGCUAUGGAAGCAGUCAGUUCAAUAUCGCAUCUGAUUUCAUGGCACUCUACACGACACGCCAAAAGUAUCGUCGUCCAGAUAUACCUUCUCUCGGCGCGUUGGAUGGGGAGAGCUACAGAGCGUAUGCUGACCGGCCUCACGUUAACCUUUUGCCUAAGUCUGCAGACUCAUUGGAAGAGAGUCUCUCCCGUCUAUAUGGACGUAGCAUCGCUGGCGAUGAUAUUCCGGUUGUGGAAGUCAGGGACGUCCUUCGGCAGGCUGCGGGUCUCAUUUGCAGCUGCAGCAAGCCGCGGCUCUCUGUAAUCCACUAUUUGGUUGCGUUGCCUUUCCAAAUCUUCACCAAGGAGGCAAUCAAACUUGGUGUAUCUCUCUGGCUUGGAGUCAUUCACGAGAACCCAGGCACUGAGCCACGAAUCUUGUGUGAAGUCAUCGAGGCUUGGGAGAGGAGCAUGAAGCGUCGCAAAGGAUUAUUUGAUCCUAGCUUCGAUUAUCUUGACCCGUUGCAUACUAAGAUCGAACUACUGCCGACUGAUAAGGAUCUCAUGCUUCGAAUGCAGCAAGAGGCUCAAGAUACUCUCUCGCCACACCUGCGAGUGCUACAGUUCUUCGAAAGCCACUUCAAUGCUAUUCGCCUAGGGACCUUGCAGGACCGACAGCUGUUCUGUCGCUUGAUUGGCAGUACAGCCAUCGAACUCUCGAAGACUAAGGGCCACCCAUUGGCGCGGGAAAUCCACUUCCGCAUUGUGCUCCUUGGGCUUAAGGUCUUGAGACAUCUUAGUCCCCGAAACAGCAGCGCAUCUUGGAAACUGAAAGAUCAGAUUCUGUCUGCUGCUCUGAGUUGGUUCAAGCACCCUCCAAGGUGGUCAUUCGGAGGCAAUCGUCUACAGAUCAAAGCCGAAGACCGCGUUUUGAACGAGGUAACGGCGGCUUUACGAACCGUUGCAGGUAUCGCUGCUCAUGUGCACGGGUCGUAUAAAUCCUUGCAAGCCAAACAAGAGUUACUUCAAAUCCUCGUGGAGAAUGAGCGAUCCCGUCUUCGGGUUUGGCUAUUCCCUCUGGAGCCGGAGCGAAAGCACCAUCUGCCUUCCAUUGGAGGCAAGAAUGCCGAUGAAGGUCCCGUAUCCUUCCUUCGUCUGGCCUGGGCGGAAAAUGCAGGACUGGCUAUUCAAAUGGCCGCCCGAUUCCCAUCGCCCAAAAUGCAGGCCGAUGUCAGGUCGUUGAUUCUGAAUUUCCCCGAGAAGGUCAUUGAAGAGCCGGGAGCGCUGGAGAUUAUGUUUGACAACUCCCUACCCAGCGACGUCGGUCCCCAGCUGAAAUACAUGCUGUAUUGGGCCCCUGUCACUCCUACGGAGGCUAUCACAUACUUCAUGCCGGCUUACGGCAACCAUCCUUACAUCUUGCAGUACGCCAUGCGAGCGUUGGAGAGCUAUACAAUGGAUGUUCGGUUCUACUUUGUGCCACAGCUGGUUCAGGCCCUUCGCUUCGAUGCUCUGGGUUAUGUGAACCGCUACAUCCUUGAGACGGCCAGGUUGUCCCAGCUCUUUGCCCACCAAGUCAUUUGGAACAUGAAGGCCAAUUCUUAUAAGGACGAGGAUUCUCAAAUCCCUGACCCUAUCAAAGAUACCCUUGACCGAUUCUUGGAUAAUUUGAUCUCGAGCUUUUCCGACGAGGAGCGUGCCUUCUACGAGAGGGAGUUUUCAUUCUUCAAUGAAGUCACGGGUGUCUCCGGCAAACUUCGCCCUUACAUCAAGAGGAGCAAGCCCGAGAAGAAGGAAAAGAUCGAGGAAGAGUUGCGCAAGAUCAAGGUCGAGGUUGGGGUUUAUCUUCCCAGCAACCCUGACGGCGUGGUCGUGGGCAUUGACAGGAAGUCGGGCAAACCCUUGCAAAGUCAUGCCAAAGCGCCGUAUAUGGCGACAUUCCGUAUCCAAAAGACAAGGCCACGAUUGACCGGAAAGGGCGAGGCCAGCUCCGGCGAUCACCACCAACACCAACGCCAAUUGAUCAACCAUUCUGAGAGUGAGCAGGAGACAUACGAAGUGUGGCAGUCGGCCAUCUUCAAGGUCGGUGACGACUGUCGCCAGGACAUGCUUGCCCUGCAGAUGAUCGCGGCUUUCAGAAGCAUCUUCACCAGCGUUGGCCUAGACGUUUGGGUCUACCCUUACCGGGUGACUUCUACUGCGCCUGGCUGUGGUGUGAUUGACGUGCUUCCUAACUCUAUUUCGCGUGACAUGCUUGGACGCGAGGCAGUUAACGGCCUUUAUGAUUACUUCGUUUCCAAAUAUGGCGGUGAGGACUCGAUUCGAUUCCAAGAGGCGCGCACCAACUUCAUCAAGAGCAUGGCCGCCUAUUCAGUCAUCUCCUACCUGCUACAAUUCAAGGACCGACACAACGGAAACAUCAUGGUCGACGACGCUGGCCAUAUCAUUCACAUUGACUUUGGAUUCUGCUUUGACAUUGCACCCGGCGGCGUGCGAUUCGAGCGAGCGCCGUUCAAGUUGACCUCGGAGAUGGUCGCUGUCAUGAGUGGAACCCAUGAUCCAGCACACCAUCAGGGCGGCAACUCGGGCAUCAACCUGCCGGGUAGCUCUCACAACCCGACCAACACGCAGCCAUAUCGGUGGUUUGAAUCCUUGGUGGUGAAGGCAUUCCUUGCAUCGCGCCCAUAUAGUACGAAGUUGGCCCAUAUUGUAUCCCUCAUGCUUGACAGCGGUCUUCCCUGUUUCAAACCGGAGACAUUGAAGAACUUCCGUGACCGGUUUGUUCUGGACAAGAGCGAGCGCGAUGCGGCCGAGUACAUGCGGGAACUUGUGCGGAAGUCGUACAUGAGCGUAUCUACCAAGGGUUAUGACCAGUUCCAACUCAUGACCAAUGGUAUUCCAUACUGA